AUGGCCCCCACUCCAACAACCUACAAACGCGUCGUCCUCUCCUCACGCCCAUCACCUACCAAACUGCUCGACCCUGCCGUCUUCUCACUAAGGCACGAGCCCUUCCCAUCUCCUCCAGGCAAUGGCGAACUACUCAUCAAAGUCCUUUAUUUGUCACUCGAUCCCGCCAUGAGGAGCUGGAUCAACCCUUCUGGAUCGUAUAUGGCCCCCGUCCCGCUGGGGGGGACGAUGCGCAGUUUCGGCCUGGGUGUAAUCAUCUCCUCCGACGAGGGGUGCAAGCUUAAGAAAGGGGAUCGGGUGCAAGGCUUCUUCGGAUGGACAGAAUACGCCCUCAGCCCCGAAAAAGCAGCUACGUUGCUCGCUCCUCCCCCUCCCGGAGCAGAAUUGCUUGACUACCUCGGUCCUCUGGGCCCUACGGGGCUUACGGCGUACUUCGGGCUUACAGACAUAGGUCAGCUCAAGAAAGGCGAGACGCUCGUUGUUACUGGUGCUGCUGGAGCUACGGGGAGUAUAGUCUGCCAGCUUGGGAAGCUGUGGGGGGCGAAGGUGUUUGGGAUUGCUGGAGGGACCGAGAAGUGCCAGUGGUUGGAGAGGGAAUGUGGGGUCGAGAUGGCGUUCGAUUAUAAGACAGAGGGGUGGAGGGAGGAAUUCAAGCGCGUUGCAGGGCGGUUCGACGUCUUAUUUGAUAAUGUCGGCGGAAAGAUGCUCGAUUUCCUUCUUACGAGGAUGAACAAGCGCGCCCGGAUAGCCGUCUGCGGCGGGAUAUCAGACUACAAUUCCCGUCCCAAGGGCCUGACGAACUACCUCGCACUGAUCAACGCUCGCGCGCGGAUGGAGGGCUUCUUAAUCAUGGACUAUGCACCCCGGUUCGCGGAGGGCACGCGGGAGCUGGCGCGUAUGUUGAGCAGGGGAGAGUUGAGGAGGAAGUUUCAUGUUCUCAAAGGGGUGGAGAGCGCCCCAGAGGGACUGGGGAUGCUUUUCUCCGGACAGAAUACGGGAAAACUUGUGGUCCAGGUUGGGGAGGAGACGGAGAGAGGAAAGUUGUGAGAUGGAAGGCAUGCUAGAUGGCGGGGCGUUGCUAUCCAGAGCUUGGGAAUGGAGAGUACCUGCGCCGUUUAUUUUGCCAUGUGCACAGUAUUGCGC